AUGGCUCCCUGGCCGCGCCUCCUGCCCCUGCUGGCCCUGCUGGUCCUCUGCGGCCCGGAUCCUGCCCAGGCCUUCGUCAGCCAGCACCUGUGCGGCUCUCACCUGGUGGAGGCGCUGUACCUGGUGUGCGGGGAGCGCGGCUUUUUCUACACGCCCAAGUCCCGCCGCGAGGUGGAGGAGCUGCAGGUGGGGCAGGCGGAGCUGGGCGGGGGCCCCGGCCUGCAGCCCUCGGCGCUGGAGCUGGCCCUGCAGAAGCGUGGCAUCGUGGAGCAGUGUUGUACCAGCAUCUGCUCGCUCUACCAGCUGGAGAACUACUGCAACUAG